UUCUAGAAAAGCCAGUUCACGUUUCUCACUUCAUUUUCUCUCUUGUUCUUGUUUUUUCCUUUAUUUUCCUCCAUGUUCUUUCUAUGCAAACACUACUUUCACAUGGUAUCAGAGCAAUAUUGAGGAUCUAGUGAGUUCAGAAUGGAAAAUUCAGGAGUUCCGAAUGUGAUGAACUCAUUUGCAGGUUUAAUUUCAAAAAAGAAUAAAGCUUCUUUGAUCACUGCUUCUCCGUUUUCCAGUAGCAUCCUGAAGCUAAAUAGUGAAAAUUUUCUAGUAUGGAAGUCUCAAAUUCUUCCUAUACUGUGAGGUCACAAACUUGAUAAGUUUGUGUUGGUUGAUGAGCCAUAAUUCAUGCAAGAAUUUGUUUACAAUGAUGCAGAGGUAAAUGAUCACAAUCUAUCAACCUAUUCUCUUGAACAGCAGUUGUGGAUUUUACAGGAUCAACUAUUGCUUGGUUGGUUGACUACUGCAAUCGAAGUAGAGGAACUUGUAGAUCUUGUUGGCCUAAAAACCUUAAGAAGAUUAUGGACAGCAAUAGAAGGGAUGUAUUCUUGUCAAUCUGAAGUACUGAUGCUUCAACUUAGGAACAAAUUACCAACAACAAAGAAAGGCUCAAUGAAGAUUCUUGAUUACUGUAAAAAGAUGAAGAAAAUUGCUGACUGUAUGUGUGCUGGUGGUUUUUCUAUCUCUAAGAAGGAGCUUGUAAUGUGCAUCUUAACUGGUUUAGGGCCAGAGUAUGACACAGUGCGAGUCAAUUACACAAGCAGACCACCUUUGCCAAGUCUCCAAGAGGUAAAGAAUUAUCUAUCUCAUUAUGAGACUACUCUUGAGCAGCAAAAUACUAUGGCUAUGUUUCAUUCUGUAAAUAUAGUAUCUGCCUUUAAUCAUCGGUCGACUUUGAAUCAUAAUAAUACUCUGACCUUAUCUACUUCUGGUAUAAUUCCAUUAACAACAAUGGUGUCUAUUCAAACAUUUCUAACACUAAAGAUUUUGGUUAUGGCAAAACUGGUUUUUAUGAGAGAGGAGGAUAUGAUGAUCAACGUGGUAGAGGUUAUUAUGGAAGAAAUAGAGGUAGAGGAAGAGGUACUAAGAAUUGCAAGCCUCAAUGUCAGAUUUGUUGGAUUGUUGGUCAUUUGGCAAGUGUUUGUUACCAUAGGGAUUCCAACCCUGGAAAUUCAAUUUUUUAAGGGUUUCAUGGAAAUGACUAUCUGCAAAACUCACAAGGUUUGAAUGCUCAGUUUUUCCAAUUGACAAUCCUGCAUUGCUCAAUUCUAGCAUUCCUGGUGGUCUCAUUCCAACAUCGUUUAUUGGUAUGAAUACUGGUUAUAUAACUCAACCUGGUGUAACUCAACCAAAUUAUGGCUAUUUUGGUGGAGGAAUGCCUUUAAAUGCUGCUGGUUCUGCUUCAAUCAUUCCUUAUCAACAUAUGGGCAAUGGAGAAUAUAACCGUGAAAGUAAUCAGGUUAAUGUUCAUUGAAAUUACAGGGACACAGGAAUGCAGCUAGGUACCAAUGGAUUUUCAGGACAAGCAUCAGCUAAUAUAGCUACCACACCAGUCUGGAUGGGAGAUCCAAACUGGUAUUUGGAUAGUGGUGUAACAAACCAUGUUGUUGUUGAUGGGAAUAGUUUGUACAACAGUUUGAAUAUAAUGGUAAAAACAAGCUUCUUGUUGGUAAUGGUCAAAGUCUUGACAUUGCAAGUGUAGAUGGGACUAGUGGUUUUUCAAGGAAUGCUUGAAGAUGGACUUUACAAGCUGCAAAUACCUUAUAAACAAGCACAACAAGGUGUUGGAACAUGCUUGGGAUCUCAGCAAGUUGUCUACAACAAUGCUAAUACAAGCUUAGUAAGGAAUAAAGCAAUGUGCGUGCUGUUUGGAACCAUUUCUUCUUCAUAAAAAGAGCGUAAUUCAUUUCUUGAUUUUGAAAAUUGAGCUA